AUGGUCAACUCCGAUUCCCGGUACAGCAGCCAUCAGCCAAUGGAAGCGCUCAGACCCAGGAGCCAAUCAGGCAUGGGACAUCAGAGUCAGCUGACCACUAUCAACCAAUCACAACUCAACGCCCAGUUGGGACUGAGCGGGAACAACGGUACCCAUAAUUCCCCAUCUCCUCCUGGAAGCAAGUCGGCCACACCCUCUCCUUCUAGUUCCGUACAUGAGGAUGACAAUGAUGAAUCAAUAAAGGUGAGCAAAGGGAUGGAUACGCACAAACACACACACAAACACACACACACACACACACACACAGAGAGAGAGAGAGAACCGACACACACGCAAACACAUGCACACGCACAAAACAACUAACUUCCUUAUUAUACAGCCACCCACCCACACACACCCACACACACACGCACAAAACAACUAACUUCCUUAUUAUACAGCCACCCCCACACACACACACACAUGCCCACACACACACAUACACAUGCACGCACGCACAUACACACACAUACACCUAUUUGUAUAAGUCUGAGUCAUCUGUAACCUUUGCGCCGUUGCAUUUGUUUACCCUUUCCCUUGGAGGAUGAAGUCACAGUGGAGAGCUGCUAUCUUAAUGCUUAUGUGAUUGCUCAUACAAUGGUGCCAUUUGCCAUGCAGAUACAACACUAUAUGGAAAUCAAACCAAAGGGUACUUUUCCCAAACACCGUUGCCAUAUUCCACACCCAUAUUUCCACCGUAUGUUUUAACUGCAAAUAACAAUCCUUUGGAAAAUGAAACUAUUUCAAUAUUUUAUGUGCCCCUCUGGAAAAAUCCUCAUGUUUAAUUUAGUGGAGUAUAAAAUCUAAUGCGGUCAACAUUUCAGAAAUGUGCACUGCGCUAUUCAGAGUUAUGGCUAUUUCUGUGUUUCCAGUAUAAAGCCAUUUCUAAACAUAUUCAUAAAAUGAUGGAUAAAUGUAGUCUUGUACUACCAUCUGUCAAGGUCUUUUCAUAAAGAUACCAUUUCUAUUUGUUUGUAAACUCUCACACUCAGGGUCAUGUUCAUUAUCUCACAAAGAAAACAAAUUGUUUUAAACAGUACAUUCCUAUUGGACAAGAUCAGCUAAAUAGACCUAAAUAUUUAUGAAUGUUCUGGAAAAUGUUAGGAAGGAUAUACAGUCUGCAUUUUAAAUAGUGCACUGAGUUUUAAGGAAAAACUCUGGGCCAGUGUACUGUACAUAGCAUAUCCACUAUUAAAGUCCAUUCUGAUCUAUUUAAACAAUCAACACUCACUCUUAACUCAAUCCCUCUACACACACUCUUCCCUCUCCAGAAGCACAUUUAGUCUGACCAUCUCUUCCUUCUCUCUUCAUCAGGCAGAGAAGCGACCGGCAGCGGUCGAUACUCCCAAAAAGCCCAAGACCCCCAAGAAGAAGAAGAAGAAGGACCCCAACGAACCCUCGAAGCCAGUUUCUGCCUACGCCCUGUUCUUCAGAGACACCCAGGCAGCCAUCAAGGGCUCCAACCCCAAUGCUACCUUCGGAGAGGUAUCCAAGAUAGUGGCCUCCAUGUGGGACGGCCUUGGAGAGGAACAGAAACAGGUACGACACCUAUAGUACAAUGCAUCCUCAUACCUCCUCAGACCUCUUCAUAUACAGUUCCUUGUUAGACUUCAUUAGACAGGAUAGAUUAGAAUAUGCACUGAGUAUACCAAACUUUAGGAACACCUUCCUAAUAUUGAGUUGCACCCCCUUUUGCCCUCAGAACAGCCUCAAUUCGUCAGGGCAUGCACUCUACAAGGUGUCGAAAAGCGUUCCACAGGGAUGAUGGGCCAUGUUGACUCCAAUGCUUCCCACAGUUGUGUCAAGUUGGCUGGAUGUCCUUUGGGUGGUGGACCAUUCUUGAUGCACACUGGAAACUGUUGAGCGUGAAAAACCCAGCAGAGUUGCAGUUCUUUACAUAAACUGGUGCGCCUGGCACCUACCACCAUACCCCGUUCAAAGGCACUUCAAUAUUUUGUCUUGCCCAUUCACCCUCUGAAUGGCACACAUACACAAUCCAUGUCUCAAUUGUCUCAAGACUUUAAAAAACGUAUUUAACCUGUCUCCUCCCCUUCAUCUACACUGAUUGAAGUGGAUUUAACAAGUGGCAUCAAUAAGGGAUCAUAGCUUUCACCUGGAUUCACCUGGUCAGUCUAUGUCAUGGAAAGAGCAGGUGUCUUAUUGUUUUGUAUACUCAGUGUAUUAGAUUAGAAAAUAGUAGAAUAUAACUUUAUUGUCCUCACAAAAUUAGGGAGAAAAAGUUUAUAAAAACCCCAACAUUAAAUCCUUUUCACAGUUUCACAGUAUAAAUAGCUAGUGGCUCUCCCUGGUCCUGUGGCUCUGCUACUGUGGAUGCUACUGUGUGUUUUGACUUACAAAUGGACUCUUGACUAAAGCAAAUGGAAGAGAAAGCUUUUACAUAUUUAUUCUAGUACGCACUGUGCUAUUGUCCUAUUACACACACACACUCUCAUGCAAACACACACACCUCCAGUUGGGCGUAGAGCAGCACACAGAGAGGAGCGUCGCAGUGAAGGUGGAGGAGGAUGUCUGUCUGAAGACAGGACAGUGUACUUCCUGGAGAGAGAACAGCAACAGCUUGGAGGACAAACAGACAGACAGACAGGCAGACAGACAAAAACAGACAGAUGGAUGGAUUGUGAGAGGAACAAUCUAGUUCUAUAUACAUUGGAAACCUUUUGAGUAUUAUUUAGAUGCACCCAACUACAGCUGUGAUGCUUUAUUAAGCAUCAUAAUAGCUUCAUAGUACAUAAACACUAACCCUGGUAGAUGGGUUUCUUUCUAGGAAUGAAGUAGUUUGGCAACUGAAGUACAAUGUUUACUGUUCUGUCUUUUAUAGGUGUACAAAAAGAAGACGGAGACUGCCAAGAAGGAAUACCUGAAGCAGCUGGCAGCAUACAGAGCAAGCCUGGUCUCACAGGUAGGUACCAGUACCAGACAUAACCUGGGAAUAAUUAUUCAUAAGGGCUGUAGUCAGUUGACUCUCUAUGACUCUUAUAAGGUAACACUGUUGUGCUCUGUCUCUCCCUCUUCCAUCUCUCGCUUUCCCAUCUCUGUCUUUCCUUCUCCUUCUCCCUUCAUUCUUUCUCUAUCCUCUCUCUCUCUUUAUCUCUUACUCCCUCCCUCCCACCCUCCCUCCCACCCUCUCUCUCUCCCUCCCACCAUGUGGCUCCCUCCCUCCAGAGUUACAAUGAGCCAGGUGAGGUCAAAGUGUCCCAGGCCUCCUCCAUGCUGGGGCCCAAGCCCCCUGUGUUCCCCGGAUCAGGCCAGCAGCACCCCCACCCCCAUCACUCCCACCCCAGCCUCUACAUGAGCCACCCCUACCACCACCAGAGCCACCACCCCCACCCCCACCACCAGCAACAACAGACCCAGCAGCACCAGGCCGGCCUCAGCCCCCACCUGUCCCCCCUCCAAGGUAUCUCCCGGGGGGUGGCUCCCCGGCCCAGUGGACCCCAUUCAGGUGGAGUGUCUCUGGGCAGCAUGGCGGCGGUAUCCCCCCCUCCCUUCCAGAUCAGCCCGCCGCUCCACUCCCACUCCCACCUAGGAAUGCACCACCAGCAACAGCUCGGAGGACACCCGCUGUCUCUGCACUCACCCUCAAUGGGACAGGUGAGUUGAACAGACACACACACACACACGCCCAAAUGCAUACAAACACACUUAUGGCCCAGGUGAGUUCAACACACGCAAAACACACUCUCAGGUGCACACACACUUAUUAUGAAUAUUGUGGUUAUACACUCAGACAUGGUCACCUACAAUGUACAGCUACACACACUUUACACAUACAUGCAUACAUGAUGCAAGCACAUGAAAUGGAGAGUGUGAAUGUAUGAUGGGUAUGUAUGUUAUAGACCAGUGGUUCUCAACUAGUUUUAAUAAUAAUAAUAAGCCAUUUAGCAGACGCUUUUAUCCAAAGCAACUUACAGUCAUGCGUGCAUACAUUUUUGUGUAUGGGUGGUCCCGGGGAUCGAACCCACUACCUUGGCGUUACAAGCGCCGUGCUCUACCAGCUGAGCUACAGCAGGACUCAAAUUGAACCAGGUUUUCUCAGUGGCGAUUCAAUAUUCGCAUCGUGAUUUUUUGUUGUUGCCAAAAUGCAAUCAGGAAAACUAUGUUUAAUUCUAUUUUGAUAGUAAAUGUACCAAUUAUAUGACAAAGGAACAACAGUUCCACCUUUUUCAUUGUCAGUAAUUCCAUGUUUCCCAUAUUCUUGAUGAAGAAUGUUAAGCUCACUGGUUUGAGACCACAACAUCAACCAAACCCGCUAAAUAGCGCUGCUAAUACCUCUAUAUUGAAAAUAAUGUGAUUGAAGAAAAACAGUUCAGAGGUGAAAUUAUUUAAAAAUAUCGGUUCAUUUUCACUUCUACACACUUUCUACCUGGUUUUAGUCGUUUAAGUUCAGACUGGAGUAUUUUUCAUAAAAAGUUAGUAAAUAAAUGUUUUAUGUAUUUAUUUACUCAGACACGUUCAAAACCCACCAGUUGAGAAUCACUGUUAUAGAUGAUUAAUUUCCAUGUUAUUUCCAAUUAUAUACGGUCCCUUCAUGAUGUUCCUUCAGUGCCAGAGAUUGAGGGCAAGCUAGGAUGUAUUCAUAUCUGCCAGCCUAAUACUGUACAUUCAAAUUACACACGCACACACACACACACACACACACACACACACACACACUCUCACUCUCUCUCUCUCUAUCCCUCUCUUUCCCUUUCUCUCAAAAACACAACUCCCCUACACACACACACACACACAGACAAACACAGACACAACCCCCCCCCCACACACACACACACACAUAGCCACACACACACAAUCCCCCAUUUUCCAUUUUCUCCCAGUAAUAAACAAAUGCAUUAGGCUGAGGAUGUUAUAUAAGGUCACCAACAGCAGCACAUUGAGAUUGAUGAAUGCAUCAGUGGUGGAGACAAAACGCCAGGCAGGCAGGGCUAUCUGAUGAAGCCAGUCUAGCAGACAGGACAGGACACAUACACAGGAAAUGAGAUGAGUUCUCUGUAGGGGCUAGUCAACAACGCAGAUUGGAAAAAGGGAAGUGGACCUCUCUCUCUCUCUCUCUGGACCUUAGAGUUAUAUAUAGAGUACAAGAAUGCAAACUGUACAUAUGUCCUCAGAAUUGUAGUUAAAAAGCAACUGACCCCUUCAGAGGUUACAUCACCCAUCCGUUUCUAUACACAAAAACACCAAGAUUCGCUGCCUAACUAAUGCAACAGACAUUUUGUGCAUUGUCCUGAGAAAAUGAAACAACAACAAAUAAAAAAAAUCAACAACCACAGAAGAGAUGUCCAAGAGAGGGCAGUGUGUAAUAUUAGAUGUUACUACAGGAUCAGCCUUACUCCCUGUACAAUCUAACAUGACCCACUGUCCAUUCCCUUUGGUGUACUAUAGGGUGGUGUCAUUUGAGAGGGACAUUAGUUUGAUAAGAGGACCAUGUUAUCAGGUAUCAACGGGACCAGGUCGUUAUGGAAACAGGUAUCCAGGGGAACAGGUGACAUACCUCUUCAGUGAGAGAGAACACUCACCUCCUGAUCUCCUGAGCGUGGUACUUAGAAUGAGUAACAAAACAAUGGUUUGUGGGAGAUUCUAGGUAAAGGCUAAAGGUGUUGGGGUGAAUGAUAGUUUUCUAUGCCACUCACUUCCUAGACGAGUUAAAUCAAUAUGGAGGCUCCUCAGCCUAUCCAAGUAGUUAGACUGUGUCCUACCACUCUCACCUGUCCAAUGUGUGCAGGUGACUUAACCUUCUUAGAAGAUAGAACAUAAAGGUAGCAUGUUUAUACUGUACACAAAAAGGUGCUAUCUAGAACCUAAAAGGGUUCUUCGGCUGUCCCCACAGGAGAACCCUUCAAAGAACCCUUUUUGGUUCCAGGUAGAACCCUUUUGGUUCCAGGUAAAACCCUUUUGGGUUCCAUGUAGAACCCUUUCAACAGAGGCUUCUACAUGGAACCCAAAAAGGUUCUACCUGGAACCAAAAACGGUUCACCUAUGGGGACAGCCGAGGAACCCCUUUGGAACCCUUUUUUCUAAGAGUUUAGCUUUGACAUUGAAGACUUGAGGUACAGUAUUCACUAAGCAUGUGGGAAUCGUAGUUUUUUUUUUUUUAUAAGAGAAGGAACUGCCAUUUAUCUCCUCUCAGCAGGCAAAUGAAGUGUUGCUGAUCGAAAAAAAAAAAAUAGAGGGGGAGGAGGGUGUAGAAGGGUGCCUCAGUCUUCAUACAGAUUAGAAUAUGAAUUAGUCUGAAGUCCAAUUUUAGAUGCUUGUAUGGGGCUGCCUGUAUGUCUGUGUCAGUCCAUGGAGAAAAGGGGGGAAGAAUAGUUAAACAGAGGUUUGGGUUUGGUUGCUACUAAGCCCCCAGCGCUCAGAUCCCUCUUUUAUUGGGGACUUUUAAAUCCCGCGGGGAGUAAUAAUCCUCCCUCGCUCAAUUUUGCAUAUUUUGUUAGGGGGAAGAAGAAGAAAAAACGCCAGGGCCCAAACUUUUUCCCUUAGUUAAGAGAGUAGGGAAAGGGGGGAGGAUGAGGGGGAGGAGGGAAGGGGGGGUGGGAAAGAGAGAGAGAGAGAGAUACAAAAGGGGCAGAUGGGGCCUUUGUGAUGGAGUGAAGGAGAAGAAUUUGUGGAACAAUGCCUGAAUAGGUGGGAGUCGGAGGAGGGGGAAAGAGAACUCAGCCACCUGCUGUCCCCUCUCUUUCAGAGCAGAGCUCGCAGCGUAGCGGGCAGAUUAACUUCCCUUUCAUAAAGUAGUCUCUCUCUCUCUCUCUCUGUCUUUCUCUCUAUCUCUCUGUCUCUCUCUGUGUCUUUCUCUCUGUCUGUCUUUCUCUCUCUCUGUCUUUCUCUCUAUCUCUCUGUCUCUCUCUGUGUCUUUCUCUCUGUCUGUCUUUCUCUGUCUCUAUUUCUCUCUCUCCCCCUCUCCUCUAUCUCUCCCACUGCUCCCUCCCUCCCCCAAUAAAAAAAAGAAAAACCCUUCAAGAAACCCCAACAUUAAAAUGUCUGCUCGCCUAAUUAAAAUAACUACUCCUUUUUUACUCCCCAUCUUCCGUCUCUCCCGCUUCCCCAGCUAGUUAGGGUCUACCCCCAGCUAGUACACUCUCAGGUCUACCACUGACCCGCUAUAGGGAAGCUCAGUCCAAUAACCAAUUCCAACAAUGACGAUGCACUCAUGAGUCAUCGUGUCUUGACAGUUAUCCACAAGCUAGCUGAUCUGUUGCUCUUACACAUCACUGCAUGUGACUUGUAUUGGCUGUUACUGUUUUUUUUUGUCAGAGACAUCAGUGUCAUGGGAAUUGCGUGCUAUGGACUCAGACUCCAUAACCACCUGUGAGAUUCUAACCAUCUGUAUGUAAAUGCAAGGCGCUCAUCCUCUAGUCUCCAAGUCUGGUUUUUGACUGACAUUAGAGUCAUAGAAUUCAAUAGAAUGCGUCUCCUGUGCCUCUUCUACCAUUUAUUAUGAAUAGACUGAUUUGUAACUCAUCCAUGACCAAGAUGGCUGCCAUUAUCGACACAUUCUAAAGUCUAUUCCUUAGUCCACUGGUCAUUUUAUGUACACUAGUAUGUGGACACCUGCUCAUAGAACAUCUCACUCCAAAAUCAUGGGCAUUAAUAUUGAGUUGGUCCCCCCUUUGCUGCUACAACAGCCUCCACUCUUCUGGGAAGGCUUUCCACUAGAUGUUGGAACAUUGCUGCGGGGACUUGCUUCCAUUCAGCCACAAGAGCAUUAGUGAGGUCGGGCACUGAUGUUGGGCGAUUAGACCUGGCUCGCAGUCGGCAUUCCAAUUCAUCCCAAAGGUGUUCGAUGGAGUUGAGGACAGGGUUCUGCACAGGCCAAUCAAGUUCUUCCACACUGAUUUCGACAAACCAUUUCUGUAUGGACCUCGCUUUGUGCACGGGGGCAUUGUCAUGCUGAAACAGGAAAGGGCCUUCCCCAAACUGUUGCCACAAAGUUGGAAACACAGAAUCGUCUAGAAUGUCAUUGUACUGUAUGCUGUAGCAUUAAGAUUUCCCUUCACUUGAACUAAGGGGCCUAGCCCAAACCAUGAAAAACAGCAUUAGACCAUUAUUCCUCCUCCACCAAACUCUACAGUGGCACUAUGCAUUGGGGCAGGUAGCAUUCUCCUGGCAUCCGCCAAACCCAGAUUAGUCCGUCGGACUGCCAGAUGGUGAAGCGUGAUUCAUCUCACCAGAGAACGCGUGUCCACUGCUCCAGAGUCAAAUGGCGGCGAGCUUUACACCACUCCAGCUGGCGCUUGGCAUUGCGCAUGGUGAUCUUUGGCUUGUGUGCGGCUGCUCGGCCAUGGAAACCCAUUUCAUGAAGCUCCCGACGACCAGUUCUUGUGCUAACGUUGCUUCCAGAGGCAGUUUGGAACCCGGUAGUGAGUGUUGCAACCGAGAACAGACGAUUUUUACGCGCUACGCGCUUCAGCACUCGGCGGUCCCGUUCUAUGAGCUUGUGUGGCCUACCAUUUCGUGGCUGAGCCGUUGUUGCUCCUAGACAUUUCCACUUCAUAAUAACAGCACUUACAGUUGACCGGGGCAGCUCUAGCAGGGCAGAAAUUUGACAAUGACUUGUUGGAAAGGUGGCAUCAUAUGACGGUGCCACGAUGAAAGUCAUUGAGCUCUUCAUUCCACUGCCAAUGUUUGUCUAUGGAGAUUGCAUGGCUGUGUGCUCGAUUUUUUACACCGGUCAGCAACGGGUGUGGCUGAAAUAGCCGAAUCCACUAAUUUGAAGGGGUGUCCACAUACUAGUGUAUCUCUAUGAGUAGAAUAACACGGAUAACACUGGAAAACAUGGAAUCUAAGGGUCUUUUUUCUUUUUGUUUUCCAGGGAUUCCCUCUCCAGUCAGAAUUCCAAAACAUGCUCAACUCGUCCGGUGGGCAGGGACUGUCCCCAUCCAUGGACUACAGACAGGUGUGUCGGAAUGGGCCCAGCCAGCACCUCGACUGGACCAGCGAAUACUGUGGCAAUGGGUAUAAAUACUCAUCCUUAUUAUAUAGUAUGACAAAACAGAAUGGAGAAACAUAGCAGAUAUGAGAGUAUGAAUGGAGUUUAUGCUCAGUAUGACCUUUAGGGACGGUUUCCCAGAAAUAGAUGAAGCCCAGUUAUGGACUAAGAAGUACUUUGAAUUUCUCAAUUUUCUCAAGCUUUGUAUUACAGGAGUAGGCUUAAUCCUUGACCAGGAAACUAGCCCUUUAUGUAUUGGUUAAACGUCUGUUAAUUAGAACAAAUGAUUUUGUUUCACUCUUCCAGUCUGAACCCAAGUUGCAAUUAAUCAAACUUACUCUAUUUUAAAUGUGUUUCAUAACAUAUGUUAAGAAACAUUGAUUGAUUAUUAUUAAUUAUUAUUUGUCAUUGUUCCUCCCUCUUACCUUCCUUCAGAGCUCUUCAGAGAGACAAGACUCUGUUCCUGACCUGA